AUGAUAUCAGCCACACGUCGCUGGCUCAAGCGGCAUCGCACUGGUAUAGCCAUUGGCGCUGGCGUUGUUGGCGCGACGUAUCUGGCCGCUCAGUAUGUCCUUGGAAAGAUCAAUGAAGCGCGAGAGCGCAUGCAGAUGGACAGGAUUGCAAAGGAGAACAUUCGUCGCCGAUUCGAGCAGAACCAAACAGACUGUACAAUUACAGUCCUCGCCCUGCUACCCACUCUGACCGAGAACAUCCUCGAAGAUCUCCCUGUCGAACAGUUGACUCAUGAGUUACAACAGAAGAAGGCCGAAAGAUUGGCACGUGUCUCAGGUGAAGGGAAAUCUGAAGCCUCGAGUAUGUACGAGGGUGAAACGGCCAGCGUGUCCAGCUUUCAAACGGGGAGUUUUAUACAUGCCAGCCAGUUGCAGGGUGAUGGGAGUCAAUCACCGGGGCCUCGCCGGACAAAGGCUCAACUUUGGAAUGAAUUGAAGGUGACAUCGAUCACAAGAGCGUUUACCCUAAUAUACAGCUUGUCGCUCCUCACGAUCCUCACAAGAAUACAAUUGAAUCUCCUCGGUCGAUUAAACUAUCUAUCCUCGGUCAUUUCACUGGCCCAACCUCCGCCACCCGGGAGAGCGGACUCGAUCUCGUUGGAAGACCAUGAUGACGGAAGCGCAGGCGCCGGGUUCGGGAACGACUUCGAAACUAACAGGAGAUAUUUGACAUUUUCCUGGUUUCUGCUACACAAAGGAUAUGCGCAGAUCAUGUCCAAAGUCAGAGAAGCAGUGGAGGAAGUAUUUGGGGGCAUCUCUCCCAGCGAAGGAAUAACUGCCGCUAGGCUCAGCGAUCUGGUUCUCGCGGUGCGAAGGCGCGUCGAAGGUGGUUCUGAGCAGGAGAGGUAUGCAACCAGAUGGCUACCGUACGUGUUGCCGCCUAAGGAGGAGGAAGAAGCAGUGUUGAUCGAGUCCGGCGUGAUUACUCCACCUGCUACGUCUGCAGGCUCGGAUGCUCACGGUCCCGACAAGGGCGAACAUCAAGAAACGGCAACCCAUAUCGAUACAUCAACAGGGCCAUUACGUCAGCUUCUCGACGAGACCGCCGAUCUGAUUGACUCGCCAACAUUCACGAGGAUCCAUUCACUGCUUCUGGGGUCCAUGUUUUCGCAUCUCGUCGACACUCGUGUUAUUGCCCAACUAUAUCCACAACCGAGGCAACACUCCCCUUCUUCAUCCAUAUCUAGCGCGAAGCAACCGCGCAUUCAGGAGCUCGACUCCGCCGUCACUGUCGUACCGGGAGAGCCGCGAGUCAAGCUUGCCAAUAUCCUGGCAAUCAUCACGCGCCAGGCACAUGCGAUUGGAAACGGGAACAACCCACCCAAUGAAUAUGUAUCUACGGCAGAAGCCGAGGUUAGGGAGCUCGAAGCCUUUGCUGCGGUCAUCUAUGCCAGCAAUUUGGAUCAGAGUCUGGAGGAGAAUCGGCUGAACACUGGUGAUAGUGGGUUGAGAGCAGCGGGUGGAGUUGGCGUUAGUGACGUCGGCGCUGAGCCUGUGGAUGAGUUGAUUGAGAGUAAAUUGGAAAGUGCAUGGACAAAGGUUACGGGCAGCACAAGCUUCUCGUCGCGGUAA